AUGAGCAAAAAUUUAAAACGUAAAAACAUCGACAUUUACUCUGAGAGCCGAAAAAGGUUUAUGGGGAGUUUAGCCCGUCUUGAUGAAAAUACAAUUGAAAUUCCUCGCCCAGCCCAAAGAUCAAAAUCCAGCUAUCUUAUUAAAACUGAAAAGCCUUCGAAAAUCGUGGAUUCUAUUGUACGCGGCAAGUGCUCUCUAACGCCAAUUGUUAAUGUAUCAAGACAGCAGAAACUUCUUAAGACAAGUCAAUGUAUUUUGAAAGAAUCCAAAGGUAUUGACUCAAAUCCCCAAGAAGAUCUUGCAGGUAUUUUUCAGAAAAUAAGCAAAAUUCCAGAUGCAAAAAUUAGGAUUGUUGAUCCUGCUGUGGAUAUUAAUUUAUCGAAAGAACUUGAAAAAAAUUUUGAUGAAAGCUUUAAAUUAUCAUCAAUUGAUAUAAAGGAAAAAGAAAUGCCAAAUAGUCCUGGGACUGAAAUUAGUCUUGAAACAGAGUGUUGUACUCCUAUAGCUUCAAUUAAAGUCCCAAAGACUUGCAAAAGGCAAAAGAAAAUAAAGCAUAAGAGUAAGGUGGAAGAAGAGCUGAAGCAAAAACAUCAUAAGGUAAUUAAUAAAAAAAUUGGAAAAUAA